AUGGCCGGCGCCGGCAGGAAGAAGCAGGUUCGCUUCGCCCGGCCGGAGGCGGAGGACACGCUGCGGGGCGGUGAGGGCCCGGCGGCGGCGGCGGAGCCGGAGCCGGAGCCGAGUCUGCUCCCGCAGCGCGCGCCGCGGCCUGAGGUGAUCGUAGCCGGCGGCGGCGGCGGCAGCGGCAGGCGCCGGGGCGGGGAGGGAGCGGCGCUGCUGCUGCGAUGGUGCAUCUCCGGGGUGCUGUGCUCGGGCUUCCUGGGCCUGGGUAUGAGCAUUGCUGUCCUGGGACCUACAUUUCAAGAUUUGGCUGCAAAUGUGAAUAAAAAUGUCAGUGAUAUUUACUACAUUUUCGUGGGUCGUUCUUUGGGAUACCUUGGUGGUUCAGUGAUUGGAGGGAUUAUCUUUGACUGCAUGAACCCUCAUCUCCUCUUGGGGUUAACCAUGCUGGGAACAGCAGUUGGUCUUCAUGCCAUACCAUGGUGUAAGAAAGCACUAUUGUUAACUGCCCUGAUGUCAGUCAUUGGGACUUCCAUGGGUGUUCUAGACACAGGUGGAAAUGUCCUUGCAUUGAAUACAUGGGGAACAGACGCUGGACCACAUAUGCAGGCCUUACACUUCAGUUUUGCACUGGGUGCCCUUGUGGCCCCAAUCCUGGCAAAAAUGGCAUUGGGCAGCUUCAUAUCUCCUAAAGUCCAAAUGGAAGAUGAAAAGACAAACCACUCUGUUCCGAGUGAUAUACCUAAUGCACUGUCUGGAUCAGCAAUGACGCUGCAUUCUAAUAUGAGCUUUACGUGGUCCUAUAUUUUCAUAGGGACCUAUAUUUUGAUAGUUUCUUUGUUGUUUGUUGUUCUGUAUUCAAGGACCGGCUCAGUGCGAGAUAAAGCAAAAGCUUCUCUGCAGAAAUGCCAAAUUGCCAAAUAUCACUGUGCCCUUCUCAUUCUCCUUUUCCUUUUCUUCUUUUGCUAUGUAGGAGCAGAGGUCACCUAUGGCUCUUACAUUUUCAGUUAUGCAAAGGUUUAUGCAGACAUGAAAAAAAGUGAAGCAGCUGGUUUGAACUCCCUUUUUUGGGGAGCAUUUGCAGCUUGCAGAGGACUGGCAAUCUGUUUUGCUACCUGUUUAUACCCUGGUACUAUGAUUCUGCUGAGUGUCAUAGGUUCCACUGUCUCUUCUCUGUUCCUGGCACUGUUCAGUAAGCAUCCAGUUUCGCUCUGGGUUGGAACAGCAGUGUAUGGUGCUUCAAUGGCUACCAUCUUUCCCAGUGGCAUUUCCUGGAUUGAACAGUACACCACCAUACAAGGAAAGUCUGCUUCUCUCCUUAUAGUUGGUGCUGCCUUGGGGGAGAUGUGCAUUCCAGCAGUGGUUGGGUUUCUUGAAGGAAAAUUUCACAAUGUCCCUGUGAUGAUGUAUGCUGCAUUGGGAGCAUCUGUAAUGACAGCCGUACUAUUUCCUGUGAUGUAUAAAUUAGCCACUUCUCCCAGUGAGAGUAAGUUAAAAGAUGGUGGUGGGAACGAGGACCAGAAAGCUUUGUUGUCCAACUUUGAAUUUAAUGAAGAUGAGGAAGAUGAAGAGGAUGCAGGAGAAUGGAAUGAAGCAGACUUUGAAGUAAUUGAAAUGAAUGAUACAGUGAGAGAGUCUGUGGUAGAGACAUCUCAAAAGAUCCCAGGGGAGUCUCCAGCUAAAGUGUCCUUGCAGCCACCUUCAAACAUAUUUAAUUCUUCUCCAGUGAUUGCUCUUAGCUCCCCAGGGAGAAAGCAAUUCAAUAGAGACAGAGAGAAGAAUGAUUAAAGUAAAAGCUAGGCUGCUUACUUGAAAUGACUGCCUGGCUUCUGUAAGGUAGUAAUCACAAUCAAAUAAGCUGUUUUUGUAAAGAGAUUCAGAAUUUUAAUAAUGGUACAAAGCCAAGUGUUUCAGCCUCUGUGCUUGCCAAAUCCCAGUUUAUGCUUUUUUAUUUUAGUCUGCAACCGUGCAUCCUUCAGUGUCAAAGAAUGUGUAUGUUGGACACACCAAAGAGGGAGUCUGUGGUAAUACGAUCAGGUGUUUGUGUCAUGGAACUAAAAGUAAUUUAGACUAAACAUAUGGGAAACAUUUCUUAAAUGUGUGGCUGUAAACAGUUUCUCGAAGAAAGUGGUGGGCACCCUAAUGUAACUUCAAGUGAGAUUGUUCGGAGUAUUUUAAACAUAUUUUUAGAACAAUUCUUCAUUGGCAUCAGAAAUGAGAGAAGAAUAUUGAACUUCUUGAAUCUAGUGAAGGGGAUAUUCCAUGGCACUUAGUUUAGUAUGUAACAUAAACCAGGAAAUUGAGUUAAACAACAAGCUGUCGGUUGUGUCCUUGUCCUUUCGAGAAAGUGGAAAAGUUGAUAGCUCAACAGCUUUAGUUAAUGGAUGUAUUGUUGAUCUUGACUGGGAAUUGCCUGGCUCUGUCAUUUUCAUGUAAUGUUGUGUAAAUAUAGAUUUCUGUGUUUAGUUCAUUUUAAAUAAUGGAAACAUCAAAUGUGUUGCACUAGAAUAAAAUAUUUAUUUAGGGAGGUUUUUAAAAAUGUGUAUUAUGUACUCUUUCCAAGUAUCUGGCAAGCCAUCUUGCUUUGAAGAACAAAAUGGUUUAUCAAACAUCUGCUGCAUAUUUUUUAUUUUGAGAGGAUGGAGAGAGAGGACAAGGGAGUUUUU